UGUUAGAAAAAUAUUACUUGCAUCAAAUGAGUUUUAUUUUUUUAUAUUUCCCAUCAAUUUUCAGAUCAUGUUGUAAUAAUUUUUUUUGUAAAGUUGCCUAACUUGUGUUUCCUGUACAGACAACAGUUCCUUUGCGAAACUUGCCUUCUGUUUUGUUAGGUACUGGUUUUGGAAUAAACCGCUAACAUGGCUAUUCGACCAGUAUAUAGACCAAAUAUCGUUAAAAAACGAACCAAAAGGUUUAUCAGGCAUCAGAGCGAUCGUUACAUUAAGCUCAGGACAAACUGGCGUAAACCAAAGGGUAUUGACAACCGUGUCAGAAGGCGUUUCAAGGGCCAAUAUUUGAUGCCCUCUAUUGGUUAUGGAAGCAACAAGAAGACAAAGCACAUGCUUCCCACUGGCUUCAGGAAAGUCCUUGUCCAUAAUGUUAAGGAAUUGGAAGUGCUGAUGAUGCAGAACAGGAAGUUCUGCGCAGAAAUCGCACACGCAGUGUCAUCGAAGAAGAGGAAGAGCAUUGUGGAGCGAGCCCAGCAGCUGUCCAUCCGAGUGACCAACGCCAACGCCAGGCUCAGGAGUGAAGAGAACGAGUAGAUGUAGAUCGUAUGACAAAUACAUUUUUGUUUAUAAAC